AUGCUUGGCGAUGGGGUGUUGUUUGGCAAUCCAUCGGGCUUAUCAUCCUACCAAGCCUGCUGUGGUGCAGCUGCUCAGGCAAAUGGUGGAAAUGUCUUCACCGAUCAGACUAGAGUAUGGGUUGUUGCCGUGGUUGCCUUGACACUUUCAACCAACCUGAUUUCGUCAGGAUUACUUGCGUAUCGUAUCUGGAUGAUGGAACGCAAAGUCUCUACAGUGCACGCUACGAGCGACACUUUGAUGCCUAUUGUGCGUGUGCUUGUGGACGCCACCAUUAUAUAUUCUGGGAUGCUUCUUGUCAUGCUAAUCUGUUUCGUCUCUGAUAACAAUGCCCAGUUUAUUAUACAAGACAUGAUAAUGCCGAUCAUCCCGAUCGCAUUUUACAUGUGCAGGGAGCAACGAGAGGGAGAGCGACUUGCAGCAACAUCCUACGCAGCCUCUGCAAUUCAUACCCCGAUGGACGCAUACGGACUGUAUCUUGAACGGAGUAGGGAAUCAGGACCGAACGUUGACAUGCAAGGCGGAGUCUAA